CCCAACCCCAUCGCCUAUAAAAGGGUCCACUCUCAUUCGAUUUAGGGCACCACCAUAAUUACACUUUAAUAAGAAAGCCAAAGAAAACUCAGCCACACGCCCAAUUCCAACACAAAAAACCAAAUACAAAAAUGGGCGGGUGGGCUAUUGCGGUGCACGGUGGUGCUGGUGUCGACCCUAAUCUCCCACUCGAAUGCCAACACCAAGCCAAACAACUCCUCACUCGAUGUCUUAAUCUUGGGAUCGACGCUCUUCGUUCUAAUCUCUCUGCCAUUGAUGUUGUUGAACUCGUUGUGAGAGAGUUGGAAACUGAUCCGUUUUUUAAUUCUGGGCGUGGAUCGGCCUUGACGGAGAAUGGGACGGUGGAAAUGGAAGCUAGCAUAAUGGAUGGGCCUAAAAGACGAUGCGGUGCCGUUUCGGGUUUAACUACCGUUAAAAACCCCGUUUCACUCGCUCGGCUUGUUAUGGAGAAAUCUCCUCAUUCCUAUAUUGGUUUUUCCGGUGCCGAAGCCUUUGCCCGCCAACAGGGAGUUGAGGUGGUGGACAAUGAAUACUUCAUCACAAAAGAAAAUGUAGGAAUGCUAAAGUUGGCAAAAGAAGCCAAAACCAUUUUGUUUGAUUAUAGAAUCCCAGCCACAGGAUUGGACAAGUGUAGCGCUGGUGUUGACAGCCCGAUCGUGAUGAACGGGCUGCCAAUAAGCGUGUACGCACCCGAGACAGUCGGGUGCGUGGUGGUGGACAGUGAGGGUAGGUGUGCGGCCGCUACUUCGACAGGUGGGCUCAUGAACAAAAUGACCGGUCGUAUAGGUGACUCGCCACUGAUUGGUGCUGGGACCUACGCUUGUGACCUUUGUGGGGUCUCUUGUACUGGUGAAGGAGAGGCUAUUAUACGUGGCACGUUGGCUCGUGAGGUGGGUGCUGUGAUGGAGUACAAGGGCUUGGGCCUCCAAGAGGCUGUGGACUUUGUUAUAAAGCAUCGGCUCGAUGAAGGGCAGGCUGGGCUCAUAGCUGUGUCUAAUAGGGGAGAAGUGGCUUGUGGGUUUAAUACUACUGGGAUGUUUAGGGCUUGUGCUACUGAGGAUGGGUUUAUGGAAGUUGGCAUUUGGGAACAGUAGGGCUAAUUAUUGUGUCAGGUUUAUAUUAUUAGGUGGGCUACAUAUAUUGGGAGUUAAUAAGAUUGUAUUUUCUUUCCAACUAUGGGUUGGUUUGGUGGUGGGUUAACAUAUUAUGUCAUGUAAAAAUGUUGACUUUUAUUAUCAAGAUUUGAAUUUUUUUUUUUUUUUAAUACUAAAAAAGUGUUAUUAUUAUCUCUAUUCUAUAUUGCAUAACUCAAGAGCAUUGCUAUUAGCAUCAGUGUUGCUUAGCAUCUUCUUGACAUGUCGUCUUGCAAUUGGUUAGCGAUAUUCCUCAUUAAAUUAUAUGAAAUACUUAAGUGCAUCAA